AGUAUUGUUGCCAUUGUUUUUUCCAAAUGGGCGUGCCAAUGAUUCUGUGGCAUCGUAUUGCUGUCUUGACCUCGGCUGACUGGUAGAGUGUACAGAUUGUGCUCACUGUGAGAACUGGUAAACUUGUCUUUUCCUUGAAAAUAUUCUCAUCAGCAACAGCAUGGCUACGUUUACGGUAAAACAGGGUGGUACAAGAAAAGUUUAUUCUGCUGGUGGGAGCAAAAAGACGUCCGGAUAUCAUCUUGGUAAACCUUCAGAUGCCAUAGAUGGCUCAAGAACCCCUUCAGAUGCCGCCCCUUACAAAGGCCAGAAGUUUCAAGAUAUCAAAAACCAGUGUUUAAGAGAUGGCGUGCUUUUUGAGGACCCAGAGUUCCCGGCUAUUGAAUCAUCGCUCUUUUUCAGUGGAAAGAAACCACCAAGGCCAUUUGUCUGGACGAGGCCAAAGGAAAUUGUCAGUAACCCAGAGAUGUUUGUUGGUGGAGCCAGCAGAUUUGACAUUUCUCAAGGUAUGCUUGGUGAUUGCUGGUUGCUUGCUGCCAUUGCUACAUUGACACAAUAUGAGUCAUUGCUAUACCAAGUUGUUCCUCCUGAUCAGAGCUUUACUGAUGGCUAUGCAGGAAUAUUCCGAUUCAGAUUUUGGCAGUAUGGGAGAUGGGAAGAAGUUGUUAUUGAUGAUCUUCUCCCCACAUACAAUGGCAAGCUUGUGUUUGUGCAUUCAGCAGAGAGAGGAGAAAUGUGGUCUGCAUUGCUAGAGAAGGCAUAUGCCAAAUUGAAUGGAAGCUAUGAAGCAUUAAAAGGAGGUCAGACAAGUGAGGCAAUGGAAGAUUUCACUGGUGGGGUCACUGAGACAUUUGAUUUGCGUAAGGCACAGCCAAAGCUUGAAGGAAUUUUACUGAAGUCUGUUGCGAGGCAGUCGUUGAUGUGCUGUUCCAUUGAAGCCAAGCCCAACGAGAUUGAGGCCAAGCUAGAAAAUGGUUUGAUAAAAGGUCACGCAUAUUCAAUCACUGGAGUGAAAAAGAUAAACUUGAGAGGAAAUCCUGUCACGUUGGUCAGGAUUCGCAACCCAUGGGGUAAUGAGAGAGAAUGGAAAGGGGCAUGGAGCGAUGGAUCUCGAGAAUGGGGCUUGCUCAGUGAGGGCGAGAAGCGCAACCUGGGAAUAACUUUUGAUGACGAUGGCGAGUUUUGGAUGGCUUAUAAUGACUUCACGUCAGAGUUCACAAGACUUGAAGUAUGCAUGUUAAGUCCCGAUAGUGCUGGUGAUGUUGACAGAAAAACAUGGGAAGCAAAUGUCUACCAAGGGUCUUGGCAGAAAGGUGUUUCUGCUGGUGGAUGCAGAAAUUUUCCCGAUUCUUUCCAUGCCAACCCUCAGUUUAAGGUGAAAUUGGAGGACCCAGAUUCGGACGAUGAAGAGGAUAAUUGUACUCUUGUUAUUGGUGUGAUUCAGAAGAAUCGACGAAAGAUCAAGAAGCUUGGAGCCCAGAAUCUCACCAUUGGCUUUGCAAUUUACAAGCUUGGUGAUGAUGCCGACCAGUAUGCAGACCAUGGAAGAAUGGGGAAAGAUUUCUUCUUGUAUAACAAGUCAACUGCAAGGUCUGAUAACUUUAUCAACUCAAGGGAAGUGACGGGGCGUUUUUCAUUGCCCCCAGGGGAAUACGCUAUCGUUCCCAGUACCUUCAAGCCGCAAGAGGAAGGAGAUUUCCUCAUCAGAAUGUUUUCUGAAAAGGGUGCUGCAGCUGACACCUUGGAUACUCAAACAACAAUUGAGUACAGGCCUUCUAAGGAGGAAAGUCAUGAUUCAGAUAUGCAUGAAAUAAUUAAUUGUCUUGGUGAGCCUACGCAGGACGAGAAUGAUGCGCUAGACAAUAAGUUGUCGGAAUUCUUCAAGAAAGUUGCAGGCGAAGACGGUGAGAUUGAUUCAUUCGAGCUCCAAGGUGUCAUUACUGCUGUUUUUAAGAAAGAAUUCAAAGGUACUAGAGAUUUCAGUUUGGAAGCCUGCAGGAGCAUGGUUGCAAUGAUGGAUAAAGACCGUUCUGGAAAAUUGGUAUUUGGUGAAUUUAAAGAUUUAUGGUUCACCAUCAUGAAGUGGAAGACUGCAUUCAAAGAUUACGACAAAGAUGGAAGUGGUGACAUGGAUGCUAUUGAGCUCAGGGGCGCCCUUGCCAAACUUGGCUUUAAACUAAGCACCCCAGCACUCAGCUCACUUGUUCUCCGCUAUGCCAACAAGAAGGGUCACAUUUCAUUCGAUGAUUUCUUGCAAAUCUGCUGUCGUAUUCGCUCAUGCUUCGAAUCCUACUUGUCUUACCAAGGGCGUUCAUUUUCACUUGAUGACUACAUCAUGUCGGCCAUCUACACUUAAGGUUUCCUGAUGGACUAACCCAAAGACAAGUUACUUUUUUAAACUUACCGUAUCUAACCAUAAUUUCAGUAGAAUAGUCACAAAAACUUAAAUAAAAUUCAAUUUGAUAUUGUGAGCUAAUGAAAUAAUACAUCAACUCGGGUUGAGCAUAUUUGAAUAUGCCUUAUAAACAUUAAUUUUGGUAUUAAGUUGUGUCCAGAUCACAUUUUUUAAUGAGUUUUUUGCCGCACAUUUCAUUUCCCUGUCCAACUUAUCUUCAAGAUUUUUUGUCCUUUUAUAUAAAACAUAACAAUAAUUUUUAUAUAAGAUCGAUACAGAUUUGAUUAAUGCGUUAUGGAUAUAUCAAAGGUUUAAGUUUCCACUGGCAUCCAAUUACUUCGGCUUUAUUUCUCAAAACUUCCCCAUACACUCACCUUUGUCCAAUAUCUAUUUAUUUAAUACCCGUUUGAAAGGUCAGCAUGACAUUUUUGGGUGAAUUCUUUUUUUGCUUUAUAUAACUCAUAUUCAAUCAUUUUGUAGUUUCGCUUAACAUCUUUAUAUGAUAAGUCGACUUGAAUUCGAA